AUGCAGAACUCCCCGUUUGGUAAACGUCUACGCGCCGCGCAGACAGACGAGGACGGCCACCGACGAAAUCGUCCUCGCGUUAAUCAAAUCUUCGGACCUGUUGCUGCCAUACCAGGAUCGACGCCCUCACUCGACUCGCGUCCGACUACGAGCGAGAGUGGCGUGUUCGACUCCCCCGUGGACGCGCCAGGACCAUCGCGCGGACACGAUUAUGGCGACCGGUUCGUACCAUCGCGCGACGCAGGAGACAUUCGAACUACCUAUCACCUCAUGGACGAGUCGCCCACUGCGACGCCAUCGAAGAACCGCAUCAUUCCAACCGAGUCGGACGCGCUUAAGGAACAGGCGAAUGCGAUCUUUACGUCCAUUCUCCACACAGAGGUCACACCCUCCUCACCAGUACGUUCAUCGUCACCCACACGUCCGCCCGCCAAUGCACCACUGCCGUCAACCCCGAAUCGUCGACGACUGUUCAACUACAACUCACCUUCCCGAUCCAACCCGGCCACACCGACGCGACGUCUCGAUACACCCGUUGACGAAGCCUACUCGAUCAGUCCUGUGCGUGCGGAGAGCCGACAUAUCCUGGAGAGUCCGCGGCGGCAGCUGCGUAGCGUGUGCAAGACGCCGUACCGCGUCCUCGACGCGCCCGACCUCGCCGACGACUUCUACCUCAACCUUGUGGAUUGGUCCAGUACGAACGUGCUGGGCGUGGGGCUAGGUUCGUGCGUAUAUCUCUGGACGGCACACACGGCGCAGGUGUCCAAGCUCUGCGACCUCUCGGACUCGAACGACACUAUUAGUUCGGUAUCAUGGGUACAGAAGGGCUCGACGCUCGCUGUCGGCACACUGUCUGGUCGGCUCCGAAUCUACGACGCAAGCACGCUACAACUUACGCGAACGUACCAACAAGCACACACCCAACGAAUCGGCGCACUCUCUUGGAAUCAACACACUCUCAGCUCGGGUUCCCGUGACAGGAUGAUACACCAUCGAGACGUGCGGGACUCGUCCGUCAAGCCCUUUAAGCGCUCGCAGGGCCACCGCCAGGAAGUGUGUGGCCUGCGGUGGAACGGCGACGGCGGGGUCCAGGAUGCGCUGCUCGCGAGUGGCGGAAAUGACAACAAGGUGUGCAUCUGGGAUCUCCGCGGGAGCAAGCGGCCACAACCAGGAGUGCCGCCGAGGGCGAGCAGUGCUGGCGGUGCUAGCAGUGCUGGAGAGGACGCGGGCGAGGUUCCGCUAUGGAAGUUCCAUGACCACACGGCCGCUGUGAAGGCCCUCGCCUGGGAUCCUCACGUAAGCGGGGUGCUGGCGACGGGAGGAGGCACAGCGGACAAACAUAUCAGGUUCUGGAAUGUGGCCACCGGGGUCAAACUGAAUGAACUGGACACUGGUAGUCAGGUCUGCAAUCUCACCUGGUCGCUGAACUACCACGAGCUUGUGUCGACGCACGGCUUCUCCUCGACAACCGCUCAGCACCAGAUCUGCGUCUGGAAGUACCCUUCGCUCGACAUGGUCGCGUCGCUUACGGGGCACACGUAUCGUGUGCUUUACCUCGCGAUGAGUCCCGACGGCGAGACCAUUGUCACUGGCGCGGGCGACGAGACACUCCGAUUCUGGAACGCGUUCCCCAAGCGCGACAACCACGAGACGAAGCGCGAAAGCCGGCUCGACUAUGGUCGACUCAUCCGGUGA